AGGGGGGAAAAACGCUGCUGUACAGUGACGUAAGGACGCAAGAAGCAGGCGCAUUGCAUUGUGGUCGCCGGUGUUUGCACAGAAACAGAAAGCAAAGCAUCAGCUCUCCACCGAACUACACUCAUAUCAGCCUGGACAGUACACUAAGAAUUCAUUAGUUGGUGAUCUUUGCCCGUCUACGAAACAGCCAUGUCGUCGACAUCCCAGAAACAUAAAGACUUUGUGGCCGAGCCCAUGGGCGAGAAGCCUGUGAACGCUCUGGCAGGCAUUGGAGAGGUCCUUGGCAAAAGACUGGAGGAGAAGGGUUUUGACAAGGCGUACGUGGUCCUCGGACAGUUUCUGGUGCUGAAGAAAGACGAGGAGCUUUUCCGGGACUGGCUGAAAGACACUUGCUCUGCAAAUACCAAACAACAAGGUGACUGCUUUGGGUGCCUCAAAGAAUGGUGUGACGCCUUCUUAUAAAGUGUUCAGUCAUCGUUUUCUACUUCUGAAGUCCAAGCUGUACAUUACCUCUUCAGUGCUAUCCAUUAUAUUCAGCUAUACCACAAAUACGAACUGACACUGUGCACCCUAAUGAAGUCAUUGAAGUCAUUUUUAUAUUUAAAUUACACUCAAAGCUGUAAGUGUAUUUCUUGACCCCAAACAAAAUGUACAAAUGCAAUUUUCAUGGUCUUUCACAAGUAGGAUUCAUCUUCCUUUAAAAUGAUAUUCAUACUGUGACAUUUUAUCUGGCUGUGACGUCGGUAGGCCUUUUUAUGGUGAACAUCUGAACAUGUCCUCGUAGGGCUGUAGCACAGUGACACAUGAAUAUAACUUUAUUAAUGUUGUGCUGUAAUAACAUUUAGUAGACUGUCAAGUCUCCAGUUAAGAGUGCUCAUGUUCAUUAUAUUUAAUUUGUCUAGGUUCAUUGGAAAACUGCAUUUACAUUUUGUUUACGGUCAACGUUUCGAAUGGUUCAUGAAUUGUUGGUCGUUUACUAGGAAUUGACAUCUUUUAAGCUCAAAUACUUAGUUCUAUGUUAAAGCCUUUAACUUUGUUGCCAUCUUGCCCUGUUUAUCCAUUUUUAAAGCCAUUGGAAAGUCCACGUAAGCACUCUUUUUCCCCUCAUAAUUGUGCAUCAUAUCACAGUUUUGCACGAUGUCACUAUAGGACAAUGUUUUUAAGGAUCUCUUGUAGGUUGUCAGUUUGAAAGUGUCUGGCUGAAGAUGUAACUGAUUUGAUGUGACAGACAAAAACAAAACCUCACAAUGAAUGUGACACUGGUCUCAGCAGAGAAGCUCAUUUUGUACUGGAAACACCUUUUAUGUUUGAUCUUGCAAAUAAAGAAGCACCAUGGCCACGUCUGGUCAAAGCUGGUUUUAAGAUGGGGGAAAAGUGUAUAAAUAAAGACUCUGAUGAAACACUGUCGUAAAUGGCUACCAGGAUGAGAGGUUUUGGAUAAACGCGGUUAGAAUAUUAUGACAAAUCCAAUGAUAGAGUAAAUCAACCCCUGUUUGUCCGUUAACAGUGAAGCUGCUUGUAUUGCUAUGCUCUACUGGAACAACACCAUUUGCAGCUUCAGUAGAAUCUCGUGUGACAAAACUGAUGUAAUCUAUUGGUUAUAUGUGUCUUAACUAACCUUUAAACAAUACUAGAUCACAUGGUGUUAGUUUGCAGUGAGCUCCACACCAUCUCUGACUGUUUCUAACAUGAUGCCUUAAUGCAUGCCAUUCCUAACCUGUAAAACCUGCAGUAGUGCUCGUCUGGGUUGUGCCAUUGAAUCUUCCACACCCCACCAGCUGUGUAUGAAAACUCUUCAGUUUUUAUAUUCCACACGUGUUUUUCUCUUACAUGUUCAUUAAAGAUUCAAUUUCUAUCAAAUAAAAUCACAAGUGCGAAAACA